AUGGACCAUCUUCUCCAUCUCGAUACAGACGUCGUCUGUCUCCUCGCCAAACUAAACUCCUACGACUAUAUCAUCGUAGGAAGCGGUUUCGGUGGAGGUCCUUUAGCUGAACAGCUUGUAUCCCAACAAUACAAAGUCUUGCUGAUUGAGCGUGGCCCUGUCAUUUUCUCAACCCAUGUUCUCAAUACCUCUCGCCCUUACUUCAACCGCGGCGCAAGCAACUCCCCCGAGGGCAACGAGCGCGUAUAUGACGCUGUAAAGGCCAAAGUACAAUGCACCGACCGCUCUGACAGUUAUGUCGGAGGUCCCGUGUAUUGUGUCGGUGGACGAUCCAAUCUCUGGGGUACUUGGAUCCCAGAAAUUGGUGAUGAGACUCUGGGUGCUUUCUUCCCGACUGAUGUUGUUGAUUACCUCAAGGGCGAAGAGGUCCAAGGAUAUAAAAAGGCCUUUAGAUACCUCACUGACUCACAGCCUGGCGACGUCAUCUACCCAGAGGGCGACGGCAAGCAUGAAGUUAGCGCUUCAGAGAUUGGCGAUGCAAAUGACAUGUUGAAUAAUGCCUUGUCUGGCUCAAAGUUCGAUCUCAUGCCUAUCGCAGCGCAGUUCAAUGCCCCUGCACCAUACAAGUUCGCUCAAGGUGCAUACAGCACUACCUUGGGUAUCAUCAAUCGCAUGUAUGCCAAUGAUCAGUAUCUCUCUGUUCUACUCAACACGGAGGUCAUAGCUGUCCAGCACACUGCCAGUAACACAUUGCGUAGCAACAAAAGCGUUAACGCUCUCAAGAUCAGAGACAAAUCCACCAACACCAUCAAAGAGCUCUAUGUCGGCAGAGCCAAAGUCAUCCUUUCCGCUGGCACAAUCGGCACCGCCUCUAUCGCCCUCAACAGCGGUCUUGACCACCUCAACCCUCUGGUCGGCAAAGGCCUCAUCGACCAUAAUGUAUGCUACGUGCGCUUCGCCAAGCAAAAGUCCGACACCGUCACCUCGAAGCCCCUCAAUCUCAAAACACACCUCAAAGUCGGUGGCGAAGAAUGUCUCGUCACAGUGACGAUCAAUGCGAAUUUCUUCUUGGCGGGAAGUUCCGCGACGCUCAACACGACGCAUUUCUAUCGUCGUGAUGGGACCCUCAUGAGUCCUACUAAGGAUGCGGCUGAUGAGAAGGAGAACUUCGAUACCAUCUGUGUGCUAUUCGAGUUUGUUGGAAAACUUGAUGAUGAGAAUUCCGUGCUCAGCCUUCCGGGCUUGGAUCCGGUGCUGGAUAUUCGCCGACCACCGAUCAAGCAUGAGGUUCAAUGCGCGAUGGAGGAUAUCAUUCGUCGAGUUCGAGAUGCCUUUGUUGGGCUGAAGCCUAACCAGGCUACGUAUGCCGACCCAGGAGUGUGUCCUGAUCCGGGACUCAGACCACAGCAUCUGGGGUUCGGAGUGUUUUCUCACGAGUGUGGGACGAUGAGAAUGGAUGGACCCAAGGGGCCUGGUGUUGUAGACUCAAACCUCAAAGUCAAGGGCCUGGAUAAUCUAUGGGUUUGUGAUCUUUCGGUUCUUCCUGUUAGUCCUGAAGCCAAUCCCUCGUUGACUCUGGCGGCUCUUUCGCUGAGACUGGCUGAGCAUUUGUGCGGCAAGAAUCAUUGA